AUGCUCAUGCAAGAUGAGGUGAAGAAGUUCAUCUACAGUGCUUUGAAAUCCUCUUUCUGGAAUCUUUUGUUUGGAGGAAGAAUCCUCAAGGUCAUCAGGGAUGCUUUAAACCGCUACCUGCCCCCGAACGCGCACCAGCUCGUGGCUGGGAAGCUGCACGUCAUCAUCACCCGCGUGCGCGACUGCAGGAGCGUGACGGUUUCAGAGUUUGCCUCCAGGGAGGAUCUCAUCCAGGCCCUGAUUUGCAGCUGCUUCAUUCCUCUGUAUUUUGGACUUUUACCUCCUAUGUACCGUGGGGUGCGUUACGUAGACGGGGAGAUCGGGAUGUGGCGUGCCAGCUUCGUGUCCCGGACAACCAUCACCGUGUCUGCCUUCGCCGGCGAAUAUGACAUCUGUCCCAAAGACAGCCCCGCUGCCUUCCUCACUUUCCAAAUCUCUGAUUGCAUUUUACAGAUCUCAAAAAGAAACUUCUGCCGUUUACUGUAUAUUUUCCACAUUCCUACAAAUCAAGUUCUGGAGCAGUAUUUUGCCUGUGGCUACCAGGACACGGUCUCCUUCCUAAAAAGACUGAGUAAGUGA